AUGGGUGAAAAAGUUGCAUUCUAUUUUGCUGCAAUGGGUUCUUACACGAUUGCACUCAUACUACCUGCAAUUGUUGGUCUGAUUGUCUUUAUUUAUGGUGCUGCUAGUGUCACUUCGAACAUGCCAACAUCCGAAAUUUGUGGAUCGUUUGGACAAAGCAUAGACAUGUGUCCUCUUUGUGACAAAACAUGUUCAUUUUGGAAGCUUACUGAAAGUUGUGCCUAUGCACAAAUUUCAUAUGUAUUUGAUAAUAUUGCCACUGUCAUAUUUGCUAUAUUGAUGUCUAUCUGGGCAAGAGGUUUUGUAGAAUGGUGGAAGAGAGGUCAAUCUGAAUUGCAAUAUAAAUGGGAUUCAAUCGAUUUUCAUGAAUGUAAUGAACCGAUACGACCUGAUUUUGAAAGACAAGUUCGAUCAACACGACUGAAUAGACGAACUGGAGCAGCGGUCAUUGCAUGGACAUCCGAAUUUAUACCGAAAUUGGCUUACCAGAUAAUAGAAGGAAAAGGAACAAGUCUUGAUGGUUAUGUUAAUUGGACACUUUCUUCGUUUCCGAUCAGUGAUUACAAUAAAACAGGGACCAUGAAUCAGCAUAUUCCAUCAAAUUUGACUUAUUGUCGUUAUCGUGAUUUUCGAGAAUCAACCGGUCCGAAUUAUGAUUACACAUCACUUUAUUGGCAUGUUAUUGCUGCUCGUCUAGCUUUUAUGAUCAUUUUUGAAAAUGUUAUCUAUCUAAUUGUUUAUUUGGUUCAAUUGAUAAUUCCUGAUGUAUCCAGUCAAGUACAAGAAGGUAUCGAUCGACAACGAUAUAGUGACCCGUCUCAUCAAGACUCUCCUCUUGAGACUCCAUCUGCAGUCGAAAAAGCGAUUCAAAAUUUGAAAACAAAAAGAGAAACGACAGAAAAGUAA